UCAGUCUUAACUAUAUAGCUAUAAAGACGAGGCUUUCUCCUCCACUAACCACAAGACGAACUACUUGUCGCUGAAUCCACUUGGUUAUCUGAAGAGAAGAAUACUGUUCAUCAUUGCGAACUAUGAAGCAAAAGAUCGUGAUCGAGGUUCCAUUGAAGUGCGAGAAAUGCAGGACAAAUGCCAUCACCAUAGCUUCACAGGCCAUAGGGGUUGAAUCAGUGACGCUUGAAAGGAAAGAGAGAGAUCAAGUAGUGAUAACAGGAGAAGGAGUGGAUGCAAGCUUGGUCACCAAGUCUUUGAGGAAGAAGCUCAGCUAUGCCCACCUUGUUGCUGUCUCCCAAAUCGAACCCUCUUAAUUAAUUAAAUUUAUCACUUUCAAAUGUCAAUUUCAUUAACUGCCCCAUAAGAUCAUCUUAUAAAUCCGCUUGUUUGGUU